CCCUUUAGCGUCAGCGCACUUUGACGGCGAGAAGACACGAUUUUUCAACAUCCUUCUUUUCCGUAUCUGUACUUCGUGGAAGUCGGACGUGUAAACGUAGACAAGAUGUCGCAUCGUAAAUUCUCCGCCCCUCGUCAUGGUUCUAUGGCCUUCUACCCGAAGAAGCGUGCCUCUCGUCACCAGGGUAGGAUAAAGGCUUUCCCCAAAGAUGAUGCUUCCAAACCGGUUCAUUUGACCGCUUUCCUCGCAUACAAGGCCGGUAUGACCCACAUUGUGCGUGAAGCAGACCGACCGGGUUCAAAGAUCAACAAGAAGGAGGUCGUUGAAGCCGUUACCAUUUUGGAAACGCCACCAAUUGUGGUUGUUGGAGCUGUUGGUUACAUCGAAACUCCAUUCGGACCACGUGCUCUGUGCAACGUUUGGGCUCAGCAUUUGUCGGAAGAAUGCCGUCGUCGUUUCUACAAGAACUGGCAUGCGAGCAAGAAGAAGGCUUUCACCAAGGCCUCCAAGAAGUGGACUGACGAUCUGGGUAAGAAGUCGAUCGAUGAUAACUUCAAGAAAAUGAUCCGCUAUUGCAAGUUCAUCCGCAUCAUUGCCCACUCUCAGAUUCGUCUGAUCAAGCAAGGCCAGAAGAAGGCCCAUAUCAUUGAGAUCCAACUGAAUGGAGGAACCAUCGAAGAUAAGGUCAACUGGGUCAAGGAACAUCUGGAGAAGCCAAUCCCAGUAUCACGGGUCUUUGCCCAGGACGAAAUGAUCGAUUGUGUCGCUGUCACCAAGGGUAAAGGUUUCAAGGGUGUUACCAGUCGUUGGCAUACCAAGAAACUGCCCCGCAAGACGCACAAGGGUCUGCGCAAGGUUGCCUGUAUUGGAGCUUGGCAUCCGUCACGUGUGGCCUUCACCGUUGCUCGUGCUGGUCAGAAGGGUUACCAUCACCGUACCGAAAUCAAUAAGAAGAUCUACCGUAUUGGUGCCGGAAUCCACACCAAGGAUGGCAAGGUUGUCAAGAACAGCGCUGCCACCGAGUACGAUCUGACGGACAAGACAAUCACUCCUAUGGGUGGUUUCCCAUUCUAUGGUGAGAUCAAUAACGAUUUCCUUAUGAUCAAGGGCUGCUGCAUUGGUGCCAAGCGCCGUAUCAUUACCCUCCGUAAGUCGUUGUUGGUGCACACCAAGCGCGCCUCUCUGGAACAGAUCAACCUCAAAUUCAUCGAUACCUCGUCGAAGAUGGGUCAUGGUCGCUUCCAGACGCCGGCUGACAAGCGCGCCUACUACGGUGUCCUCAAGAAGGAUCGUAUCCGCGAGGAGAAGGCACAGGCUGCCGCUGCUGCUGCUGCCGCUAAAUCGUCUGCUUAAGUUCGUUAAUCGUAAGAUGUAUGGUACUGAAAUAAUACAUCUCUAUUAAGCAUAUCAU